UUAGUCCAUACACUCUGUCAUGGAUGAGAUGGAGAAUGCUGUCCCUCUCCGGGAUUUUAUCGCAUCACUGUCUCUUUCCUCUCUUCCAAGGAUCCUAAAGAUUGCUUCUGGAGUCUACUUUCAGAGUUCAGUAUAUGAUAUACAAGGCACUGAAUGCUGUUUAUCUACUGGGGAUGUGGUUAAAGUCAUAAGCACGCAUUUGGUGUCUGUUUCCUGCAUGGAUCUCAGAACAGGGGAAGACAUUGAUAUGCCUUUAGAUUUUCAAGGAGUUUUUCAUGUAUCUGUGGAUAAAUGUGUGUACAACACAUUUGAGGAAUUACAUAGAGAAUUAUCUUGUGGUGGACACACGCAUCCAUUUUGGUUUUCAUCCAUGACUGAUUUCAUCGCUGGAGGUCAAGUUAUUGGGAAACAAGUUCCAAUUCAAUAUCUUUCAACUUAUAGCUCCAAGGAGAGCAGACAUGCCAAAUGCCAGUUGUACGAAGGUCAAGAAUCACUCUGUUUCAAAAUACCUUUCAAAACAGAAGGACUGUUCUGCGAGGUUCAGACUGAGGAGUCAUAUACACUGGAGAACGUUUUGCAGUCACCAGUCUUAAUGAAACGUAGCUUAAAAUGCAAUAGUAUUGGAAACGGUUCUUACGUCUUAACUCCUAUUUAUGAAAUGAAGACAAUUAUGCAUAUGAGAAAAGAUCCUGUAAAAAUACCAUCAAAUCUGGAAGUUGACGUAAUAGAUAUCACUAAUACAUGUGAAGAUUUACAUUUUAUCAAGCCAUUAUCCUUGUUUGAAGCUUCUCAGUGUGAAGAUAAAUUCCCAUUUGUUGCAGAAAUCUUAGAAAGUUCAAAAAGCACAUCUCUUAUGAAAGAUGGCAUAUUAUCUUCACUGAGGAAAGGGCAGAAGAUUGUUGUUCAAAAGAAGAAUCUUUCCAGAAAAAUUUUAGCCACAGCCAAUAAAGGAAAACUAUCUAGGUUCUUCUACAUUCAUAAUACAUAUCAGGGGAAGUUUCGUCAACGACCAAGAGAAUUUGCAACAAUUUAUGAUCUGUGGGCCCAAGUUACUGCAGGCUACAAAUUGAAAGUUGUAGUAACUCAGGACUGUGAAACAUCAGAGGGUCCUUCCCUGUACAUUGGAGACCAUCUUCAAGUUCUUCAUCAGACAAAAAACAGAAUAUCUACUGGAACGGGCUUCCAAGAAGUAGAUCUUCUAGUAUGUAGAAGGGACUCAGGUGAUGAUGAGGAAGAAUCAGAGGAGGUCACACUCCCAUUGUACUUGGAAGGUCGUUUUGUUGAAGAGGUGACAAAUAACAAAAGAUACACCCUCAGCAACUUAAUUCAAUCAUUUAAACUUCCUUGUGAGAUGAAAGUUGUAGCUAAAGAUCCAUCUAUGAACACUGACCCCCUAUCAUCAUUUGCUUUUCUCAGACUGGAAGAGUUAAUCGAAGACCCCGUUUUAUUAAUUAGUGUGUUGGAAAAUCCUUUUGAGUGCUUUGAACUUCCUAUCAAAUAUUCUGACUUUUCCUUAACUCUCCUUGAGGACACUGUCCCUAGUAGUAAAGAAUUAAAAACUAUAAAUCAUGUAGAAGAGUUAACAGAAUGUUUUUAUUAUGAAGUGCGGAAGCAAGUUCCAAACAAUGAACUUCCUCCACCAAGGCCCCCUAAAAGACAGGUCAAAAGUCCCAAAAAAAGUGUACCCACUGACAUGAAAGCGUUUUUACCAUUACAGAUAAGCACAACAGACUACAAUGAGAAAUGGGGAUUGCACAGUGAUACUGAAUUGCUAGAGACCAGUGCUUUACGUAAGAAUAAUACAUAUUCUCCACCCCCUCAGAAAUGUUCCGCUGAAAUAGGAAUGUUAAGAAGCCCUCUGCUCUAUGACUGGUCUUCACCUAACAAAGAAAACAAAAUCUCUACCAAUGCUUUAGACCAGGCAUAA